UGAAGUAGUAUAUAAAUUCUUCGAAUAAUCAAUGAACCACAAUAAGAAAUUAAGAAAAUUAAUUUUAUAUUGUUUUAAGUUUUCCAUUGCCGGCAAAUUAUUGAUAUCCGCUCAGCAUUCAAAGUCUACAUACUGCCAGUUUGUCAAUUUUCAAACAAAUAUCCUGUUAACUGAACAAGUCUAUGGUAAUCUAGAAUCCAAUCAAGUCAAGUCAUACAUAAGACAGCCCAAUUGAGGUCAAUUGAGAAUAUUACAAAUGGUGGACCAACAAUGGAGAAAUUGCAAGGAAUAUAUUAGAAUGAUUACUGUGGCCUAGCAAUUGCUGUUUCUUCAGAUUCAAAUACCGUAUAUUGAAAGUUGAAGACAAAAACACAAAGCAAAACAUAGAAACAAUUAGCCAUGAAGAAAUCUACCAAAGAUAUGUCAUUUAUUAUUGUCUUACUAUUUUUACUGUCCAUCUCGAAGAUUUCCACUGCAAUUGAUACCAUCAAUACAACUCAGAUCCUCAGAGAUGGUGACACCCUAGUUUCAUAUGGGGGAGUCUUUGAACUGGGAUUUUUUAGCCCAGGUAACUCCAGGAAUCGGUACGUGGGAAUUUGGUACAAGAAGAUACCUGGUAACACUGUGGUUUGGGUUGCCAACAAGGAAACUCCGCUAACAAGUGUAUCAGGCAUCUUGAAGGUCAUUGAGCCAGGAAACCUGGUCCUUAGAGAAGCAAGGGAUGAUAAUCCAGAGAAUUUUCUUUGGCAGAGUUUUGAAUAUUUAAGUGAUACAACUCUACCAAGCACAAAAUUUGGUUUGAAUUAUGUAACAGGUAGAGAGAGCUUUCUGACAUCAUGGAAGACCAAUGAAGAUCCAUCUCCAGGAAAUUUUACAUUUCACUUGGAUACAACUGGAUAUCCUCAGGGCAUCAUAAAAAGAGGUAAUCUAAUCGUGUGUAGAAUUGGGCCCUGGAAUGGCAUUCGUCUUAGUGGGAUACCAAAUGCAAGGCAGGAUCCAACAUACGCAUAUGGAUUAUUCAUGAGCAAGAACAGGACAUACUAUUGGGAAGAAGCCAUUGACAAGUCGGUUAUUUCAAGGGUUACUCUGAGUCAGAGUGGAGUUGUACAGCGCAUGACAUGGGUAGAUCGAAUCCAGGACUGGGUUGUGUACCUGAAUAUACCAGCAGAUAUUUGUGAUACUUACAAAUUAUGUGGUGCUUAUGGCAGAUGCAAUAUUGGAAAUUCUCCUUCAUGUGGAUGUCUUGAUAAAUUUGUGCCAAAAGAUGCACAAGAUUGGAUUAGGUCAGAUUGGUCAAAUGGGUGCAUCCGAAGGAAUACUCUGAGU